UUCACCUUUUCUUCUACUCCUUUCUCACUGGCAGGCACCGCACAGUUGCAGUCUUGCUCUUGCAUAGGAGCUCAUCCGCCCUCCCCCCUCUUGCAUCACGCCGUGAUCUGGUCCAGAUUGGGCGGCCGGCCGGCGACGGCGGCGCGGGUGACCGUGGCGGCGGAGGCAUCGAGAUGCAUAACUAGAGAACGAAUCGAUCUGAUCAAGAGCAAGAUUUCCUUUUUCUUUUUUGGGUGAAGCAAAGAAGAAGAACAAGAUAUGGCGGCUGCAAUGGCGGUGAGUGUUUCUACUGGCGUGAUGAAACCCCUGCUGGGUAAGCUGGCCACCCUAAUGGGUGACGAGUUCUCCAAGCUGAAGAACCUGAGGAAGGAGGCGAAGUUCAUCAGUGAUGAGCUCACAAGCAUGAAAGAUGUUCUUGAGAGCCUUGCAGAAGUGUCCGACCUAGAUCUACAAACCAAGAGGUGGAGAGACAUAGUGAGGGAGAUGUCUUUUGACAUCGAGAACAUCAUUGAUGACUUCAUGCGUAAGAUUGGGGACAAAAUUAGAAAGGAUGGGCUCGUCAAGAAGACUAUCCGACGCCUCAAAACUUCCAUAGCCCGUCACCAGAUUGCUGACCAGAUCGAAGCGGUCAAGAAACUCGUGUGUGAAACAAGUGAACGGCGCAGAAGGUAUAAGUUUGAUAUUCCUUCGUCAAGCGAUGUGACCAUUGACCCACGAGUUGCCACUCUCUAUAAGGAUGCAGCUACCCUUGUUGGUGUGGAAGGGCCGACGGAUGAGCUCGUCACUUGGCUAAAAGAUGAGGACACACAUUUGAAGGUGGUAUCCAUCGUGGGAUUUGGAGGCCUGGGCGAAACAACACUCUCCAAUGAGGUAUACCGGAGGCUCAAGGAGGAAUUUGGCUGUGGUGCAUUUGUGCCAGCAUCUCAAAAGCCAAACAUCCCAAAACUUGUCCGUAGUUUACUAUCUGAAGUUGGGAGUGGAUUAUCUCUACAUGAUUGCGAAGUAAAUGUUCUUCUCAACAAACUUAGAGAAUAUCUAUACCUACUAAUAAAGCAAGGUGUGUACCUGAUUAUAAUUGAUGAUCUAUGGGAUACACCAUCAUGGGAUAUUAUUAAAAGUGCUUUCCCAGAUAAUGGUCUUGGUAGCAGAGUAAUAACAACUACAAGAAUACAGAAUGUGGCUAAGGCUUGUUGCUCCCCUUCCAGUUAUUAUAUUUUCAAAAUGAAGCCACUUAGCAAUAAAGACUCAAAAAGACUGUUUUUUGGUAGGAUAUUCAACUCUGAAGAAGCUUGCCCUCACCAGCUUCGAGAUGUUUCUACUGAAAUUCUCAAAAAAUGUGAUGGUUUGCCUCUUGCAAUCAUUACUAUAUCAGGCAUGCUAGCAAAUGAAAGUUUCGACCAAGAGGAGUGGAAACAUGUACGGAAUUCUCUAGGUUCGGGAACAAAUUUCACGUUGGAAGGGAUGAGGAAUAUCUUAGACCUCAGGUACAAAAACCUUCCUCCUCAUCUCAAGACAUGCUUGUUGUAUCUUGGCAUGUAUCCAGAGGACUUUGGAAUAGGGAGGUCUCAUUUGGAACUUCAGUGGAUCGCGGAAGGCUUUGUUCCUAAAGAGAACGGACAAGAUGCUGAGAAGGUUGCAAGAAGUUAUUUCAACGAGCUUGUCAAUAGGAGCCUUAUUCAACCUACAAAAUUUAACAAUCAAGGGUCAGCCGUGGAAUGCAAAGUACAUGAUAUGAUGCUCGAUCUUAUCUUGUCUAAGUGUAGAGAAGAGAAUUUUCUGACUGUAUUGGAUGAUGCUAAAGUCAUCGAAAAACUGGAUUACAAGGUCCUUCGGUUGUCUCUCCACUUGGAUGGUCCACGUGAUGGAACAAUGUUACCGUGUAAAGUUAGCAUGUCACAAAUUCGGUCAGUUAUGAUCUUUGGUGACUCGCACAGUAUGCCUCCUCUGCGAUUGUUCAAAUUCCUUCGAGUUCUUCAUGUCCAUGUAUAUGGGCCUGCUGAACUCGACCCCACUGGGCUGUGUAAGCUAUAUCAGCUAAGAUAUUUAGCGAUUAAUGGUUUCUGGGAUUCGUACAAGCUACCGGCAGAGAUCAGAGGGCUACGACACCUGGAGACACUUGAUGCACCUCAUAGUAGGAAUAUUCCAUCAGAUAUAGUUCAUCUGCCAUGCUUGAUGUUCUUGAAUCUCGAUUGGGAUAGAUAUCCACUACCUGAUGGGAUCAGUAGAAUGAAGUCGCUGCGAUGUGUAAGCGGAUUUGAUUUGAUGCUGAACUCACUAGAUAACAUCAAGGACCUGGGAGAGCUCACCAAUCUGACAGCUAUAAAAUUCAGCAUCAGCUCUUCUUUGGCUGACAGCAGUGAACGGAAGAGCCGCUUGGAUGCUCUGAACUCUUCUUUAGGAAGAUGUAUCAGCUUGAAAAUGCUGGUUUUGAAUAUUCCAGGCUGCAAUGAUGCCUUGAUGGCCUUGUCACCUCCUCCCCGCCGCCUUGAGAUACUCUAUGCUUAUGGCUUCUUCUUUUCAAGGGUCCCUAAUUGGAUGGGAGAACUCAGUAACCUGAAAGAAUUGAGCAUCACUGUCCUCGGGAGUGAUAUUGGUAUUCUAGCAGAGUUACCUGGCCUCACCCAUUUCUAUCUAUACAUCAAGGAAAUCCUAAAGAAACGAUUGUCAUCUAUGACAGGGUAUUCCCUGUUUUAAAAAGUUUUGAAGUCUGCUUGAGCAGCCCGUCUUACCUGACUUUCCAGGCUGGUGCAAUGCCCAAGCUCCAGAGGCUCUGCCUGAGGUACAAUGCCAAAGGGGUCGGAGCAGAACGGGCGUGGACCAGCCGGCGUCCAGCACUUGUCAGCAUUUGAAGAGUUUUCCGCAAAAAUUGGAGGGGCGGACGCUACGGAAUCUGAACUGACAAGUGCUGAAUCUGCCUUGAGAAGUGCUAUCGACAUGCACCUCAGCAAUCCUCGUGUUGAAAUCAAAUUCGAUCGACUUUAUUCCAGUGUAUUCGUUUCAUCUGAUGAUUCAUGUCCUUUGUCUGAUGAUUGUGAUAAUAACAUCGACUCUGAUGAGGACUAGAAAAGUUGGCAUGCAGGAGAUAGUACUCGGCCUCUGAAUUAUUUGCCACUCUGUUUAUGUAACAAACUGAAUGCCAUCUGCCUGAAGUUUC